AUGGAUGAGCAUACGCCUCUCAUCUCAACCGUCUACGUGACCCGACGCCCACGGCGCACCCCACAUACGGCCUUCAAGCGAUUCUGUACUGUUGCGCUUGGGAGCUGCCUGUUCGCUAUUGCCAUCUGCUUUCUCCUCCCGGUCGCCAUUUCUCCUCGUGGCCACGACUCUGUCUCGUCCUACGUCCCUUGGUCUCGUCCAUAUCCCGCAUCAUGGCCUCAAAGCAACGGGCUUAGCUUCGCUGAACUAGUGGACCUAUUACUGGAGACACCGAACGCAGACAAAGCUCGUGCAUGGAGUGAAUACUACACUGCCGGGCCCCAUCUGGCUGGCAAGAAUCUCAGUCAAGCCCUGUGGACAAGAGAAAGGUGGGAAGAGUUUGGUGUCAAGACGGAGAUUGUUGCCUACGACGUCUUUAUUAACUACCCACUCGGCCAUCGGCUUGCCUUGCUGGAUGGGAAGAAGGUCAAGUAUGAGGCUUCUUUGGAAGAAGAUGUACUCCAAGAUGAUCCGACCACCUCUCUGGAAGACCGCGUGCCGACUUUUCAUGGCUACUCUGCCUCCGGUAACGUUACCGCAUCAUAUGUGUAUGUCAACUUCGGCACCUACCAAGACUUUGAGGAUCUUCGCGCUGCAAAUAUAAGCUUGAAAGGCAAAAUUGCUCUUGCGAAAUACGGUCGUAUCUUUCGUGGUCUCAAGGUCAAACGGGCCCAGGAACUGGGUAUGGUCGGAGUGGUUAUGUACUCUGAUCCGCAGGAGGACGGAGAGAUCACAGAGGAGAAUGGGCACAAGCCUUAUCCUGACGGACCAGCAAGAAAUCCGAGCAGCGUGCAGAGAGGGAGUACGCAAUACAUAAGCACUCUUCCCGGCGACCCAACGACCCCUGGCUAUCCCUCUAAGCCUGGCGUCCCUCGCGUCGAUCCACACUUCUCUACUCCUCAAAUACCGUCACUACCUAUAUCUUACGCCGAUGCUCUUCCUCUCCUCAAGGCUUUGAACGGAUAUGGCCCGAAUGCCACAUCCUUCAACAAAUACUGGCACGGUGGAGGUCUGGGGUACAAGGGUGUGGAAUACAAUAUCGGGCCCUCACCAGAUUCGGUGGUUCUCAAUUUGGUCAACGAACAAGAGUACGUGACGACGCCGCUCUGGAACGUAAUAGGAAUCAUCAAUGGCACUGCCAAGGACGAAGUGAUAGUCGUCGGCAAUCACCGUGAUGCUUGGAUUGCAGGAGGGGCUGGCGAUCCUAACUCAGGCUCAGCGGCACUGAAUGAAGUCAUCACGUCCUUUGGAGAGGCGCUCAAAGCAGGAUGGAAGCCCCUUCGAACAAUUGUCUUUGCGAGUUGGGACGGUGAAGAGUACGGCCUCGUCGGCUCGACUGAAUGGGUUGAAGAAUACCUCCCCUGGCUUGCUGCGAGCACCGUUGCAUACCUUAACGUGGAUGUGGGUGCUCGUGGAAAACACUUUGAUGCUGCCGCAUCUCCGCUGUUGAACAAACUACUCUACGCAGUCACCAAUUCGGUUCCUUCUCCGAAUCAAACUGUCCCGGGCCAAUCCGUCGGAGAUACUUGGCAUGGCCAUAUACGUACCAUGGGUUCAGGGAGCGACUUUACAGCAUUCCAAGACUUCGCAGGAAUUCCGUCGCUUGAUUUUGGCUUCGCCAGCGGGCCGAAAGACGCAGUUUACCACUAUCAUUCGAACUACGAUUCCUUUCACUGGAUGGACACUUACGGGGACCAGGGAUGGCUUUACCAUGUCACGGUGGCGAAGGUGUUGUCACUGCUCAUUGCCCAGUUGAGCGAGACACCUCUCUUGUCCUUGAGCGCUGGAGAUUAUGCCCAAGGCCUCAAAAACUAUUUGGCUGAUGUGAAAGAAAGGUCAAAGUUGCAAUUGACCGGAUCGAGCUUCAGCUUCCACGCCCUUGACAACGCCACCGCGGGAUUCAAGAAGGCAGCUGCAAAAUUCGAUGAUUACACAGCCGACUUGACAGACAGACUUGCUGAAGAUGUGCCAUGGUGGGACUGGUGGAAGAAAGUCAGGCUGUUCUAUGAGGUCCGGAAUGCGAAUGAGAAAUACAAGGCCCUGGAACGUCAAUUCCUGUUCCCUGGCGGUUUGGAUGAAAGGCCCUGGUUCAAGCACGUGGUCUUCGCGCCAGGUCGGUGGACUGGGUAUGCCGGCGCCACCUACCCGGGGCUCGUCGAGAGCUUCGAGGACAAAAACUUGACGAACGCUCUCAGAUGGAGUGAGAUCAUUCAGGAGAGGUUGCGAUCGGCCACCAGGUUGUUAGAGUAG